AUGUCAUCUACUAUACAUUCAGAAUCUAGAAAAACUCCUAGGAAGAGAAUCAGAAGAAUCCCGGAUGAUCAAAGACAAAAAGUAUCCAGUGCUUGUGAUAACUGUAAAAAGAGGAAAUUCAAAUGUUCGGGCCAAACACCUUGUCUUGAAUGUCUGAAGAAAGGUAUUGACUGUUUAUACACCAUUAUUGACAAACGUUCAUUAAGAGGUGAACGUAUGGCUAAAAUGAAACAACAAAAGGAAGCAGACGCCGAAAGGCAACAACAACAACAUCAACAACAACAGCAUUACCAACCACCUCCACAACAACUGUUACAACAUACCCAAUCACCACCACAAGAUUAUCCACAGCACCAUACCUAUGUUUCUCCAGAUCCAUCAGUUUAUCCUUCUUCGUUGCCAGUUCCAGGAAAUCAGAUUCAGCCACCUCCACCUCAAGUACAAGGAUAUUCCAAUCAUUGUUCUGCGUUCAAUAGUUCACAUCAAUUACCACCACCUCAGUACCAACAACAACCGCAACCUAUGCCGCAAAUUUUAUUACCAUUCCCUACAUACCAUCAGCCAACUCAGUAUCAACCAAUAGCACCACUCUCAUCUACCCCGUCAAAUAGUAGUAGUAGAAAUGGCAGCAUGGGUAUUCCAACCCCAGGUACAACUCCGAACGCGUCGGAAGUCAAUAAUAACAAUAAUAACAACAACACUUCAUGUAUCCCAAAAUCUUUACAACCAUUAUUAUCAUUUCCUUUACAAAGUAAUGAACGGAAUAUGAAACCGGAAGAACCACCAAUAGAUGACAAUACUUCAAAACUGACCGUCGACAAAGAUGGCGUCUCCAAUCAGAAUGGUAAAAGUGCCAUUUUACUUAUGGAUAAAUCAGGUACUUUCAGAUAUAUGGGUGAGACUAGUCCCUUGUCGGUAUUGUAUGAAACUAGAAAUAUAUUCUAUGAUUAUGUGGGAUCGACCAAAUUAACGGAAGAUCUUCGUGGAUGCCCUGUUAGUGAUAGACCACUGAAACUCACGAUUAGAGAAGUGGCACCUCUACCGCCACUGGAAGAAAGAGACACCUACAUUCGAAGCUUUAAAAGAAACAUCAACGAUAUGUAUUUCACUUUUGAAAUGAACAAGUUUUAUGAUGAUAUCGUCAAUCCUGUGUAUCUGAAUCCAACUAGUGAACAAGUACAAGAAAAACGGGUUCAAUUAUAUCUUGUGUUGGCCAUUGGGUCCACUUAUGAAGAUUUUAGUAACAAGAUUCCGCAGGCGGAGAAGGGUGUUAUGUAUCAUGAUAGUGCUAGAUUCUUGAUUCGCGAUAUGGUUGAAGAUUCUGCCUUGUGGUGUGUGAUUUGUCAUUAUUUACACUACCAUUAUUAUCAAUCUAUUUUGAAAAAGUCGACUGCAUUGGUACAUCUUAAUCUUGCCAUAACUUAUGCUCAAUCAUUGGGGUUGCAUAGGAAUUUUGUUAAUGAACAGUUUUCCAAAUUCACUUCAGAAUGUGAAUAUAGAAAGAGGUUAUUCAGAAGUUUGUACAUAUCUGAUCGUAUUUCUCCUGUAUUUAUUGGAAGACCAUUGAUCAUUAAUGACUAUGACUGGGAUGAUUCAACUAGAUUCAAACCAUCAAAUUUAUUGGUUUCUUCUUUGGAUUUCAAUGCCAAAUGUCAAGUUGAAUUGACUAAAAUUUGUACAUUGAUUGGAAGAAUAGUGGCAAACUUUUAUCAAGAUAAAGUUAUUGACAUGGAAAGAACUAAAAAUCUUGCGAUCCAGUUAAAAUUAUGGUCUAAAAAUCUUGAUCCUCAAUUGGCUUUUGAUAAUAUUUUGAAUCCUAUGGAAAUUGCUGAUAAUGAAGAUCAUGGAAAUACAUGCAUACUAUUAAUGAUGCAUUUGUUACAAUUAUGGGCGAUUAUGUUAUUGAGUCAACCAUUUUUCAUGUUUGAAGCUGUUCGUAACAUUAACCCAGGAAUGCAGAAAUCACCAGCAGAAGAUGAUGAUGCCAAGUUGAGAAAACAAUUUUGUCAAGCAGCUACUAAAGCGUCAAUUUUGGCUAUUAAAAUAAUGAAUCAUUAUAUCAACACUGCGUUUAAAGAAUUUAAGCGUAUGGAAUGUUAUGUGAUUAUUACAUGUUGUUUUUAUUCCUCAAUCAUAUUGGGUAUUACUAUUCUUAAUGGAUCAUAUGAAGAAGAAGGCUAUACUGAAAGUGAAUUGCUUAAUCUUUUGAAGAAUGCUGAGUAUAUUUUAUUACAUUUUGCUGUGUGUAAUGAAGGAGCCAAAAGAUAUGCUGAGAUUAGUGCUGAUUUGAUUUCUGCAUUGAUUCAAAGACAUGAAAGUAAGAGCACUCAAACUGAAUUAGGAUUGAAUGAUUUUGCUUAUCGUUUAUUGAAUGAUUUCAGUUUCACUGAUGAUCCAAAUAAUACUGAUGUUCAAAAUUUGAUGGAUUUCCAACAAUUUUUUGUUUCUCUGGAUCUUUUAACAAUGGACAGUGGUAAUGUGAAUAAUACAACGACUAGUACACUACCAUUUGAUUACAAUAAUUACAAUUUAUUCUUUGGUGACAAGUAUUAG